AUGGGCCCAAUGUGUCACUUUUUCUUUUUAGUCUUGGUCUUUCUGGAGGCAAACCCAGCUUACCCUGAAUGCAACCCAGAAUGUAUAUGCUCAGAUGACAGCUUUGGCAGGUCUCUGUUGUGCAUGGAUAUUUCUUUGAGAAAGAUCCUGGGAAACAUCCCCAAAGAUAUCAAGAAACUUAGAAUAGAAAACUCUCACUUAACUGAACUACCUCAUGGGUCCUUUUCCAACAACAGUGCCUUGGAAUUCCUUUGGCUCAACUUUAAUAACAUCACAGUGAUUCAUCCGGAAACCUUGGAGCAUCUGAAAGACUUGAAAGAGCUGAGACUGCAGGGGAACAGGUUAUGUACAGUACCAUGGACAGCAUUCCAAGCAACUCCUUGUCUAAACAUCCUUGAUCUCAAACAUAACAGGCUUGAUGUUCUACCCAAGCAAGCACUUCAGUAUUUGAUUAACCUUACCUACUUAGAUUUGUCCUUUAAUCAACUUAUGGUGGUGUCUGAGGAUGUCUUCAUCCAGUGGCCCAUGUACCAGAAAAGCCAGCAACUCAUCAGUAAGGCUGAAGGGAUUUCCAAUGUGGUGCUGGCUUUGCACAAUAAUCCAUGGAUGUGUGACUGCCAUCUAAAGGGACUUGUCCAGUUUUUCAAAUUCAUCAGACCCCCUGUCAUACUAAUGAACUCCUACCUAAUGUGCCGGGGCCCUGUGUCAAAGGCAGGGCAAUUUUUCUAUGAAGUAGAGCUCAAUAGCUGCAUGAAGCCAAAGAUGUCAACUCCUAAUUCUAACAUUACCAUCCAAGUGGGGCUAAAUAUCACUCUAAGCUGCCUGGCACAGGCCAGCCCCUUACCAAACAUUGUGUGGACUUAUCCACUGAAGAAAUUGAAGGAAUUUGAUGUGUCUACCUCUCCUAUCGGGGAAGACUCUAUUCAGUCUGAGUUGGUGAUACCUUCAGCCCAUCUGGCAGAUAGUGGCAACUACACUUGUAUGGCCACCAACUCCAUGGGCAGCAGCUCUAUCCCCAUCUCCCUUCAUGUUCAACCUCCUCAGACUGUGCCCUCUUCCUCUUCUUAUUUGGCUUCUGUGGAGGAGCAUUCCUACAUUUACAUGAGGAUUACCAAGCAAACUGUUUAUGGGAUUGUGCUUGAGUGGUAUGCAGUAACAGAUAACCCUUCUGAGACCUGGUUCACACUUUACUUUGGGAUAUAUGAAGCUGUCAAGAAAGAAAUUGUCUCUAUUGGCCCUGGGAUUAACACCUAUUGGGUGAAUGACCUGCUUCCAGCCACAAAGUAUGAGGCAUGCAUCAGCCUACAGAGCCAGCCACCCCGAAAGGAUCAGUGCAUUGUCUUCGUAACAGGCAGUGACAUCAGUGAGCUAGAGAAGAGGGAGAAGAUCAUACAUAUCAUUGUUGUGGUAUGUGCUUUGGUCCUGGCAGUGCCCAUAGGCAUGUAUGUCUGUGCCUCGGAGGCCCAUAUUGGUGGCCUGGGCCACUGUUUGUGCCACUGUCCUCAGAGAAGGAAUGGAGCAAGAUGCCCUAGCACCGUCAUUGAGAGCAAGGAUACCAUGUUCAACAACCUGACAACUGGCAUUGAAGAGAGCCUCUGUCUCGGGGAGAUCAGAGAGGAUCAGAGGUGGAAAAGUGGGAAGGAGAGAGCAUCUAAUAAAUCCCAAACAGAGAGUCAAAACAGUGUUCACCUUUUCUAG